AUGAUUAGACUGAUCGCCGUCGGAAUUGUCUCCAUCAAUUUCGACGACCACUGUCUUCACCAAAGUUUACCGAAGAUCGAGGAGCUGGCCCCAUACCGCCACCUCGUCGAGGCCGUCAACCGUGUCCUCCGUUGGACCGAGGAGCUGGCCCCAUACCGCCACCUCGUCGAGGCCGCCAACUGUAUCUUGCGUUGGACCGAGGAGCGCCCGCCUCACAUGUUCCCCAAGGUCCACAAACUCUUCAUCAGGCUUGGGGGCUUCCCCAAUGGCACCCGCGUCCUCAUCGACUAUUUGAUGGUCGAGGCCGUCAACUGUGUCUUCCGCUGGACCGAGGAGCGCCCGCCUCACAUGUUUCCCAAGGUCCACAAGCUCUUCAUCAGGCUUGGGGGCUUCCCCAAUGGCACCCGCGUCCUCAUCGACUAUCUGAUGGUCGAGGCCCGCUCUGCUUGGAAAGCUGCCGAGAUCGAGAGCCAUUGGCGGAAAGCCAAUGGUCUCGAGGGCGUCACGCCCGAGACCGAGAGCCCGGGCCGGGAAGGCGUGGGCCGGUCCCCGGCUUCCAUCUUUCCCCCGCCCGUCUUCACGCAAAAGAAGCCAAAGCAGCGCGACUUUGACUUCAACUCCAGCAACUUGGUUGACCUCUAUCAGCUCCUGAACUCUCCCUACCGCGACUGGGUUGACAUGCGCUACUAA